AUGAUCAACAGUUAUGAUUUUAACAGGCUCGAUCAGAUGACCGAAGAUAAAUCAGCGGUUUUUGUGAUGGAUAUUUAUGGCAAUGGAGAGCCCACGUUAUCAGUGAAACACCUUUCUUACCUCUCAGCCCGAAUGCCCAUGAUUUAUGUAACAGGGUCAUACAAAUUACCAGAACCAACUCAAGCACCCAAUCUCUUGAAGAUAUUCCUUAUACAUACUAAACCGACAGAAUCAUCAUGA